AUGUAUACUCAAGAAUCGCCAAAUCGAGGGAUCUCACGUCGCGAGUCAAUUGAGAAAGGAAGUGCCCCUGAAGCAAUUGCUACUGAUUCUAUUGGUAUUAGAAUUGAUGAAGACAAUUCGGAUACGACCGAGCAGCAAUAUGUCACGGGAACGAAGCUCCAUUUGAUUGUAUUUUCUUUGACUAUGGCUUGUUUCCUCAUGACAUUGAGUUCAUCGGUUCUGGCAACGGCUAUACCACGCAUUACAAGUGAUUUUCGUUCUGUGGAAGACAUAGGAUGGUAUGGAAGUGCUUAUUUACUUUCAAACUGCGCCGUGCAACCACUAAGUGGCAAACUUUAUACCUAUUUCUCACUCAAAUACACAUUUCUCUGUUUCCUUGCAAUAUUCGAAUUGGGUGCAUUAAUCUGUGGUCUAUCAAAAGAUUCAGAUAUGUUGAUUGUAGGAAGAGCAAUUCAAGGUUGUGGUGGAUCUGGUAUUCUUAAUGGUGCUCUUACGAUUCUUGCUGCUGCUGCUCCUAUCUCAAAAAGACCAAUUCUUAUUGGUAUAAUAAUGUCUACUGCAUCCUUCGGGCAGGUUAUUGGACCUCUCAUUGGUGGUGCAUUGACUCAACAUGCUUCUUGGAGAACAGCCCUAACAUCUCUAGGCUUCUUUCUCAAUCUACCUACUGGUUUCCUAACUGCUCUCGUAAUCUUCCUAAUCCACAUCCCCAGCAUCCACAACCCUGUUCGCACUUCGUGGUCUUCAAAACAGAAAUUCUUACACCUUGAUCCAUGUGGUUUCAUCCUCUUCACACCCACCAUCAUAUCAUUUCUUCUCGCUCUCGAAUGGGGCGGCUCUUCAUAUCCCUGGUCAUCAGCUACUAUUAUCGGUCUCUUUUGCACUUCUUUUAUCCUCUUUCUACUAUUCUUAUACUGGGAAUACCGACUGGGAGAAAACGCAAUGAUACCACUUGAUAUGUUGAAAAAGAGAAUAGUUAAUCUCGUAUUAUCUACCGGUUUGGUUCCAGACUAUCAAAGGAGUUUCGCCUACAGAAAGCGGGGUGAGAACGCUGCCGACUUUCUUGGCGACUAUUGGGUGUUCGAUUAUAGCGGGGAGUUUGGGUAUGUUAUUUUCUCUGUUGUGUUGUUUGAGUUAGUUGUGAGAGAUAUGACUGAUGUGCGAAAGUUUCUCGACUUGGAUAUUUCACCCCCUGGGCGAUUGUGGGCUGUGUAUGUUCAGCUAUCGGAUCUGGAUAUCUUGGUUGGUGCUGGGCGUGGAAUGGUUUCACAAAUGCCCAUAACAGCAAUCCAAAACUCUCUUCCCCCCACAGAUAUUGCAAUUGGCUCAUCUCUCGCUACUUUUUCCGGAUACUUUGGUAGCGCAAUAUUUCUAUCCUUCGCCUCGACAAUUUUUACGAAUUCUUUGAUGAAGGAACUUGCUAUUUAUGUACCAAAUAUCAAUGCAGAAGCCACCAUAGCAAGUGGUGCUACAGGAUUGAGGGAUUUGGUGACGGGCACGGAGUUAGAGAGGGUGCUAAUAGCUUACAAUGAAAGCUUGAUCAGAUGUUUUUAUCUCGCAGCUGGGGGAUCAAGUGCAGCGUUUCUGUGCAGUUUUGGUCUAGGAUGGGGAACGGUGAAGAAGAAGAAUAAGCAGGAAGGAGAUCAGGAAAGGGUAGAGAAUCCAGCUAAAAGCAACAGUCCGAAAUCCACGGCGAUGGAAGGAAAAGCUUGA